ACCGCUGGUCAAGAUUUAUUCUAUUCACGCUGAGACAGCGGUAAUAGACUUGACUAAACUGUUUAGCCUCUCAAGUAAAUCCUAAGGACAUUACAAAAAUAAAAGAUGUCAGUAAACCCGGGCGGUAGAAGGCUGAAACAGUGGCUACUAGAGCAGAUCCACAGCGGCCAGUACCCUGGAUUGCUAUGGGAGGAUGACAGCCGCGUCAUGUUCCGCAUUCCAUGGAAACACGCUGGGAAGCAGGAUUACAAUCAGGAGGUCGACGCAUCAAUAUUCAAGGCCUGGGCUGUGUUUAAGGGAAAGUUUAAGGAAGGGGAGAAGGCAGAGCCGGCUACAUGGAAAACCAGAUUGCGUUGUGCUCUGAAUAAGAGCCCUGACUUUGAGGAGGUGGGAGAUAGGUCCCAGCUGGACAUAUCCGAGCCCUAUAAGGUGUACCGUAUCGUCCCAGAAGAGGAGCAGAAGAUAGGUAAAAGUGUAGCAGCAGCCAUGACAUCUAGCCCUGGCCCUACUGACAUGGACUGUAGCUCUGCAGACCUAGAGGAGCUCAUUAAAGAGUCUUCCAGUGAUGAGUACCAAGGCAAUAUCAAGAGGAGCCACUCUCCUCAGAAAGAUGGCUAUAGGAUGCCACCCAGCCCAGAGUACUGGCCCCAGGGCAACAUCAGUGCCUUCCCAGGACAUCAAGACCCCAUGACGAUGGGUUCCUUGAAUACAGCCUUCUCCCAGAUGAUCAUCAACUUCUUCUACAGUGGGAAGCUGAUGGACAGUGUGGUGACCUCCAACUCUGACGGCUGUCGCAUCUCCCCGGGCCAGCCUGCCCUGCCACAACAUAACAUCCUGUACUGCCUCUCAGACAGCCUGCAGAACAUCCGCUUUCCCACUGCUGAUCUCAUUGAGGCUGAGCGCCAGCGCCAUGUUACCCGCAAGCUCCUGGGUCACCUGGAAAGGGGUGUUCUGCUCCGUGCCAACCGCGAGGGCAUCUUCAUCAAGAGGCUUUGCCAGAGCCGUGUGUUCUGGAGCGGGCUGGGGGGACUGGACCCACACUAUAGUUCAGGGGGACCCUGCAAGCUGGAGAGAGAUGCUGUGGUCAAGAUCUUUGACACAGGAAGGUUCUUAGAAGCUCUCCAGCAAUAUCAGGAGGGUCUGCUUCCUGCCCCUGACCCCAUGGUGACCCUUUGUUUUGGGGAGGAGCUUCAAGACCUAAGCACAGCCAAGAGCAAACUUAUCAUUGUUCAGAUCACUUUGCUGAACUGCCAGCAGCUGUUGGAUGCGGUGAGCAUGCAUCGCUCCCAGUACAGCGGUUCUAACCAGGAGAUCCAGUCAGACGAGCUGCAUGCUGGGGAGCAGAUGGCCCGGAUCUACCAGGACCUCUGUAGUUACACCGCCCCCCAGAGGGCAGCUUGCUACAGGGACAACAUGCCCAUCACUGUAUGAACAGGACAAGGCACACUCCCUUCACCACUCCCCCGCAUGGAUCUAACUGGAAAGGACUACAAUGAGACGUAUGGUGGAACAUGUCGCUGAAAUACUCUUCAGCCUUUCACACUCUUAGUCCACGAUUACAUCAACACUGUCCUUUUUGGUUGAUAAGAGAGAGUGAGCAAAUGCAUACUUUGAGGAAUUGAAAAAAGGCAAUAGGUAGGGGACAGCAGUGUUAGCUGUAUAUAUUAGGACCCCAUUAGCCUUUUUCUAAGCUCAUGCUACUUCCCUGUGCUCCGAACAAAAUUAAACAUAGCUCAGUUAUAUCAGUAAUACUAUAUCGAUAGUCUUAAGAUCUCAUGAACACAGUAAUAACAUUCAGAGCAAUAAAUCACAUAAUGCAUUACAAUAUAUGUCUACUCACAGACUUUGUGAGGCAAGGUGUUUUUUUUUUUUUAAAUCAGUUUUUGUAUUAUUACUAGCUUGAUUUUCCCGGGGAGGCUGAGGUUUCCAUGUUCUCAUGGCUCUAUUUAGUGCUGUUCACCUCCCAGCUGCUGUCCUGGUCUUGGGGACUGGGAGGAGGCUUAUGGUUACUUGUCCUGUGUGGUGACGAUGUGUCCAAACUGUGUACCUGCGGCCUGAACAAACAUCCCUGGAGCCUCAAUAAAUCUCCAAUCCAGCACAAAGACCAACAGUGGUGCAGUUCAGUCUGAGCCAGGAGAGACAGACAUGCCCCCUCAUGCACAUCUAAGUGCUGUAUGUGCUUCUCUGUUUUGGACCAUCUGCAGUUUGCCUAUGACCUUGCUUGCCACACGACCACAUGACUGGAAAAUAGUCCAGGAGCAGCAGAACGAGUAGGACUUAUGUUGACUGAAAUGGCAAAAAAGCAGAGCACCAUCUCACCACAAAAAAUCCUUCUCAAAUCUUAAUGUCCACUGAGUAUAUAUUUGACAUGUCAGCUUGCUGUCUGCAGUAAAAACCCAGAAGUUUACUUCCCUUUAUUUGCUCAAUCACCAAAUGUUUAAACAACAGAGCUAGAGGCUUAAGUUUCACUGAGGAAUUUGUCCCAUAUACCCUGCUUUUAUUAUUAUAUUUUUCUUUUUCUUUAGGACCAGCGUAGUGAUAUUCCCCCGUUCUUGUGACUAGAAAUCUUUCAUGGGUUUCAAAGCUAUGCGGCAGAAAUGUCUUUAAACAUGCCUUUUUGGUGAUACAGAGGUACUGCAUCAAUGAAUGGAAGUACUACACGACUGUUUUACUAAUGUAGAACAUUUUUACAGAUGGUGCUGCAAAGGUACUAGAAGGUUUACCACCUCGGUAAAUAUGCUAUAUAUAGAAUUUGUGUGCAUUUUUUAAACAUUUCUCACUGGCUUUUAAUGUAUUUUGUUAUGAUGGGAAAGUGGAUUGAUAUUCAAUCCGAUAUGCUACAGUACUUAUAUCAAAUGGUAUGUACAAAAUGUGAUAAUAGCUUUGUAAAACUACUCAGUAAUGGGCUGUGAAAGGGCAUCUUUAAAAUAUUUUAAUUGUUCUAUUUUUACUAUAAAAAUACUUUAUGAGAGAUUCUAGCAUUAACAGUUGCUUGGAUUGUAUUUGAAAUGAGAUAGGUUUUACUAUCAGUCUUCUCACAUUUGUACUGUUUCAAAUGUUUUUUUAUUUUGAAAUAAAUGUCAACAUUUUAAUUUAU